GGGUGCUUGUUGUGGCCCGGCCGCCUCUAGCCGCCGGCCGGCCUGGGAUGGCGGCCUUCGGCGUCCUCAGCUACGAGCACCGCCCGCUCAAGCGCCCGCGCCUCGGCCCGCCUGACGUCUACCCGCAGGACCCCAAGCAAAAGGAGGAUGAGCUGACCGCUCUGAACGUCAAGCAAGGCUUCAAUAACCAGCCGGCAGUCUCUGGGGACGAGCACGGCAGUGCCAAGAAUGUCAAUUUCAACCCAGCGAAGAUCAGUUCAAAUUUUAGCAGUAUUAUCGCAGAAAAGCUGCGGUGCAAUACACUGCCUGACACGGGAAGACGGAAACCUCAGGUGAAUCAGAAGGAUAACUUUUGGCUGGUGACAGCACGUUCUCAGAGUGCCAUAAACAACUGGUUCACAGAUCUGGCUGGAACUAAGCCCCUCACUCAUCUUGCUAAGAAGGUGCCCAUCUUCAGCAAGAAGGAAGAGGUCUUUGGUUAUUUGGCGAAAUACACAGUUCCAGUAAUGAGAGCAGCCUGGCUCAUCAAAAUGACUUGUGCCUAUUAUGCUGCCAUCACAGAAACGAAGGUGAAAAAGCGUCAUGUCAUUGAUCCCUUCAUUGAAUGGACGCAGAUCAUCACCAAGUACCUGUCAGAGCAGCUGCAGAAAAUUGCGGAGUUCUAUAGACAGCUCCCAGGGCAAGGCUGUGGUUCACCAUCUGGGCCAAUGCCCCAAGAGGUGGAACAAGCUUUGAAGCAGUGGGACUACAAUGAGAAACUAGCUAUGUUCAUGUUCCAGGAUGGCAUGCUAGACCGACAUGAAUUCCUGACGUGGGUCCUCGAGUGCUUUGAGAAGAUACGGUCAGGAGAAGAUGAAUUUCUGAAAAUGCUCCUACCCCUGCUGCUGCGGUACUCUGGAGAGUUUGUGCAGUCUGCAUACCUGUCCAGACGUCUGGCCUACUUCUGCACCCGCAGGCUUGCUAUGCAGCUGGAUGGUGCUGGCGGGCACCCACCCCACAUCCUGUCUGCCCAGACAGGGAAUGCUCUUCCUUCGACUCCCACCCCUCAGCCAGCUGCAGGGAAUCCUCCUCCCAGCCCUUUCAGCGACUUACUGCUGUGCCCCCAGCACAGGCCAGUGGUAUAUGGGCUCAGCUGCAUCCUCCAGAGUAUAAUUUUGUGUUGCCCAAGUGCCCUUGUGUGGCAUUACUCAUUGACUGAUAGCAGGAUAAAGACCGGCUCGCCAUUGGACCACCUGCCUAUAGCUCCAUCCAACUUGCCCAUGCCAGGAGGGAAUUCAGCCUUUACACAGCAGGUUCGGGCAAAGCUGCGUGAAAUUGAGCAGCAGAUAAAGGAACGUGGCCAGGCUGUGGAGGUUCGCUGGUCGUUUGACAAGUGCCAGGAAACCACAGCAGGUUUCACUAUUGGCCGUGUCUUGCACACUUUGGAAGUUCUGGACAGUCACAGCUUUGAAAGAUCUGACUUCAGCAACUCUUUGGAUUCCUUGUAUAACAGGAUAUUUGGGCUGGGUCCAACCAAAGACAGUCACGAGAUCUCCCCAGAUGAUGAUGCAGUGGUGGCCUUGCUGUGCGAGUGGGCUGUCAGCUAUAAACGCUCUGGACGCCACAGGGCUAUGGUCGUGGCCAAACUCUUAGAGAAGCGUCAAGCAGAGAUAGAGGCUGAGAGAUGUGGGGACUCUGAAGUCGUGGAUGAGAAGGGCUCCAUCUCCUCAGGCUCUCUCUCAGCAGCCAGUGCUCCUGUCUUUCAGGAUGUCCUUAUGCAGUUCCUUGACACUCAGGCUCCUAUGCUAACUGAUCCUGGGAAGGAGAAUGAGAAGGUGGAGUUCUUUAACCUGGUGCUGCUGUUCUGUGAGCUAAUCCGACAUGAUGUCUUCUCUCACAACAUCUACAUGUGCACACUCAUCUCCCGGGGUGAUCUUGCCAUGGAUUCUCAUGGGCCUCGCCCACCCUCUCCCUUCGAUGACCCUGCUGAGGAGCACGACAGGAAGGAGACGGAGGGAAACAGUGGCAUCAAGCUAGAGGACACAGGUCUUUCUGAGCCCAUGGACAUUGACCACAACUCCAGCAUGCUCUUUGAUGACAUGGAGAAGACAGACUUUUCGAUGUUUUCUCCUCCAAUGCAUUGUGAAUCUAAAGCCAGUCCUUCCCCUGAGAAACCAGAUCCUGAAAAGGAAGCAAAGCCUUUGCUGAAGGAUAAGUCUGUGGAAGGAAUGCUAGCAUCCCUGUAUGACCAGCCUCGGCACAUCCAGUAUGCGACACACUUUCCUAUUCCUCAGGAGGAGUCAUGCAGUCAUGAGUGUAACCAACGGUUGGUAGUUCUUUUUGGGGUUGGAAAACAACGGGACGAUGCUCGGCAUACAAUCAAGAAAAUAACUAAAGACAUUCUUAAAGUCUUAAACAGAAAGAGCACUGCAGAGACGGGUGGAGAGGAAGGCCAGAAGAGGAAAAAGAGCAAGCCAGAAGCAUUCCCAACAGCUGAAGAUAUCUUUGCAAAGUUCCAGCACCUUUCUCACUUUGAUCAGCACCAAGUCACAUCUCAGGUAUCUCGCAAUGUCUUGGAACAGAUCACCAGCUUUGCCUUGGGAAUGUCAUACCACCUGCCUCUGGUACAGCACGUGCAGUUCAUAUUUGACUUGAUGGAGUAUUCGCUCAAUAUCAGUGGUCUUAUCGACUUUGCCAUCCAGGAUUAUUCUUCCAGAGGCUUCAGGAUUGUCUCCAAAGGACUUGCAUUGCAUCUCUGUCCCUGGCUGCAGCAAGGUCUUGUCCCAAGGUUUUUCUGUCAUUGGGUGCAGUUGCUGAAUGAACUGAGCGUGGUGGAGGCAGAACUGCUGUUGAAAUCCUCCGACCUUGUUGGCAGCUACACCACCAGCUUGUGCCUGUGCAUCGUGGCUGUGCUGCGGCACUACCACUCCUGCCUUAUAUUGAACCAGGACCAGAUGGCUCAGGUCUUCGAAGGUCUGUGUGGGGUGGUGAAACAUGGCAUGAAUCGCUCAGAUGGCUCCUCAGCAGAGCGCUGUAUCCUGGCCUAUCUCUACGACCUGUAUACCUCCUGCAGUCACCUCAAAAGUAAAUUUGGGGAGCUCUUUAGUGACUUCUGCUCCAAGGUGAAGAAUACAAUCUACUGCAAUGUUGAGCCAUCUGACUCCAACAUGCUAUGGGAACCAGAGUUCAUGAUUGACACUAUUGAAAAUCCGUCUGCACAUAACUUUACAUACACCAACCUGGGCAAGAGCCUCAAUGAAAACCCAGCCAACCGCUACAGUUUUGUCUGUAAUGCACUUAUGCAUGUGUGUGUGGGACACCACGAUCCAGACAGGGUGAACGACAUUGCUAUCCUGUGUGCUGAGCUAACUGGCUACUGCAAGUCUCUAAGCGCCGAGUGGCUGGGUGUGCUCAAAGCUUUGUGCUGUUCCUCCAAUAAUGGGACCUGUGGCUUCAAUGAUCUCCUCUGCAAUGUUGAUGUCAGUGACUUAUCUUUCCAUGAUUCCUUGGCCACCUUUGUUGCCAUUCUCAUUGCCCGGCAGUGCUUGCUGCUGGAGGACCUGAUUCGCUGUGCUGCUAUCCCCUCACUCCUCAAUGCUGCCUGCAGUGAACAGGAUUCAGAACCAGGAGCACGUCUGACCUGCCGGAUUUUACUCCAUCUGUUUAAGACUCCACAGCUGAACCCAUGCCAGCAAGAUGGCAACAAACCCACGGUGGGAAUCCGCUCUUCCUGUGACCGUCACUUACUGGCAGCUUCCCAGAAUCGUAUUGUGGAUGGAGCAGUCUUUGCAGUGCUGAAGGCUGUCUUUGUUCUGGGAGAUGCAGAACUGAAAGGCUCUGGCUUUUCCCACCCCGGAGGUGUCGAUGAUCUCAUGGAUGAUGAGCUGGGCACCAGGAAGGCCAGUGGUCGGGUAGUAACUGUAGAAACAGCUAGCUUGGAUAUUUAUGCCAAGUAUGUACUAAGGAGUAUAUGUCAACAGGAGUGGGUAGGUGAGCGAUGUCUGAAGUCCCUCUGUGAAGACAGCAAUGACUUGCAGGAUCCUGUCCUGAGCAGCACACAGGCCCAGAGGCUGAUGCAGCUGAUUUGUUAUCCACACCGGCUGCUGGACAAUGAGGAAGGAGAAAAUCCUCAGCGCCAGAGGAUUAAACGCAUCUUACAGAAUCUGGACCAGUGGACCAUGAGGCAGUCCUCGCUAGAGCUGCAGCUCAUGAUUAAGCAGACAGCAAACAAUGAGAUGAACUCCUUGUUAGAAAAUAUUGCCAAAGCCACCAUUGAGGUAUUCCAGCAGUCAGCAGAGACCAGCUCUGCUAGCUCUGCUGGUAAUGGAGUCAACAAUAUCAGUAGCUCAGCAAGUGCUACGCCUGCCAGCAACAAAUCCAAACCCAUCCUCAGCUCCCUGGAGAGAUCAGGAGUGUGGCUGGUGGCCCCUCUGAUUGCCAAGCUUCCAACAUCAGUGCAGGGCCAUGUGCUGAAAGCUGCUGGAGAAGAACUGGAGAAAGGACAACAUUUGGGGUCAUCGUCCCGCAAAGAGCGGGACCGCCAGAAGCAGAAGAGCAUGUCCCUCCUGAGCCAGCAGCCAUUUCUGUCACUGGUGCUAACAUGCUUGAAGGGACAGGAUGAGCAGCGGGAAGGGCUCCUUACCUCUCUGUACAGUCAGGUCCAGCAGAUUGUUACGAACUGGCGGGAAGAUCAGUACCAAGAUGACUGCAAAGCCAAGCAGCUGAUGCACGAGGCCCUGAAACUGCGGCUGAAUUUGGUGGGAGGAAUGUUUGACACAGUUCAACGCAGUACACAGCAGACGACUGAAUGGGCUGUGCUUCUCUUGGACAUCAUCAGCAGUGGCACCGUAGACAUGCAGUCAAACAAUGAGCUCUUCACCACCGUGUUGGACAUGCUGAGUGUUCUCAUCAAUGGCACCCUGGCUGCUGAUAUGUCCAGCAUUUCUCAGGGCAGCAUGGAGGAGAACAAGCGGGCAUACAUGAAUCUUGUCAAGAAACUCAGGAAAGAGCUGGGGGACCGACAGUCUGACAGCCUGGAGAAGGUGCGACAGCUACUGCCGCUUCCCAAGCAGACCCGAGAUGUGAUCACCUGUGAACCUCAGGGAUCCCUCAUUGACACCAAAGGCAAUAAAAUAGCUGGAUUUGACUCCAUCUUCAAAAAGGAGGGUUUGCAAGUCUCUACAAAGCAGAAGAUUUCCCCUUGGGAUCUGUUUGAGGGCUUAAAGCACUCAGCCCCCCUCUCCUGGGGAUGGUUUGGGACAGUCCGGGUGGAUCGCAAGGUGUCUAGAUUUGAGGAGCAGCAGAGGCUUCUUCUGUACCACACGCACUUGAAACCCAAGCCCCGCAGUUACUACCUGGAGCCGUUGCCGCUGCCCCCUGAAGAGGAAGAGCCUCCUACACCUGUGGCUUUGGAGCCAGAGAAGAAAGCUGCAGAACCAGCCAAGGCUGAUAAAACAAGCUCCAAUCCUGCCACCUCUACUGAAGAACGCAAGAAGAAACAGAGCAAAGCCAAGAAACGCAACCAAUCUGCCAGCAAAACUGAGGAUUUUGUGUUGGGCCCUAGCCGAGGGGUUUCAUAUGGAGUUGGUAUGCCUACAGAUCUCUUGCAUCACCAGUCAGGAAGCACUAUGUCGAGGCUGGCUUAUGGGCAGUCACCAGUGGGUCUCUAUGCCCAGAAUCAGCCUCUUCCAGCAGGUGGCCCUCGCCUGGAUACAUCCUACAGACCUGUGCGCAUGCCACUGGGGAAACUUGUUCAGAGUCGUCCUCCCUAUAGUGGUGUGCUGCCUCCAGGGAUGGGGAGCAUGAUGGGCAUUGACCCCUCCUACAAGCCAGCAGUGUACAGACAGCAGCCUCCAGUGUCCCAGGGACAGAUACUGAGGCAGCAACUUCAAGCGAAGUUGCAGGGCCAAGGCAUAAUGGGACAGCAGCCUGUGCGCCAGAUGGCUCCAACCCCAUCCUAUGGAGCACUGCAGCCUUCCCAGGGUUACACACCUUACGUCUCCCACAUAGGCCUUCAGCAGCACCCCUCCCAGUCAGGCACAAUGGUACCUCCUACCUAUUCUGGCCAGCCCUAUCAGAAUUCCCACCCCAGCUCUAAUCCUGCCCUGGUGGAUCCUGUUAGACAGAUGCAGCAGAGACCAAGUGGCUACGUACACCAGCAGGCCCCUGGCUAUGGGCACACCUUGGGCAACACACAGAGGUUUCCUCACCAGUCAAUACAGCAGGCCCCCAUGAUGAGUGGGAUGAACCAUUUGGGUCCACAAGGAGUCCCCUCAGGAAUUCGACCCAGCCAGAUACUGCCUGACCAGCAGCAGCAGCAGUACCUGAGGCAGCAGCAGCAACAGCAGCAGCAGAUGCUGAGGCAACAACAGCAGCAGCAGCAGCAGCAGCAACAGCAGCAGCAGCAGCAACAACAGCAACAGCAGCAGCAGCCGCAGCCACCGCAGCCACAGCCGCAGCAGCAACCCCAGGUCUCCACAGUGCCUCAGCCACAGGCACAGGGCCAGCCCCCAGGGCUGGGGAUGCAGGCUCUUCCCCCCCAGCAGCCCAUUUUCCAGCGCCAGGGCCUUCAGCAGACACAGCAGCAGCAGCAAACAGCUGCUCUGGUUCGACAGCUUCAGCAACAGCUUUCUAAUACACAGACACAGCAGAACAACAACCCAUUUGGACGCUACUGAUCUGUGGCACUUCAGCCUCAUCCAGGAGGGAGACAUCACUGUGGACUGGAUACAGCCUCUUCAGCCUGACCCACAAACUGGGGCUGCCCCCAACCUCUGUCUUCGGGCCUGUGCUCCCAGUGCUGCUGCUGCCCGUCUCACAGGGAGAUGCCAGGAGGAUGGUUUUAUUGUACAGAGAAAGUGUUUUUAUUAUCCAAUUUCUACAAAUGUUUAUGGAGAUCCCUUGUGGCUGAUAGUCUCCCUUCCCACUUUGGUUUCAGUUUUUACUCAGUUUUUAGUAUUUUGUUAAAAUAAUGAUUAAGACAUUGUAAAAUUUUGUACUUUAUUUAUACCAGAUGAACCCCAUACUGCAGACGUUCUUGGAUGA